CCCCUUUCUUCACCCUGUAUUUCUAAACAUGGCAUUAGUACUGAUUGCAUUAAUAGCCAUUGUGCCAUGUAUGUGUUCAGGAGAUUCUACAAGUUUUAUUUUGGAUUCCAAAAGGUUUCCGGAUGACGAUCGGUUUGCACCACCUAUCGGCAACGGUUAUUUAGCCACCAAUGUGUUUAGUGACGCAAUUUACGUUGAUGGCGUCUUCAAUGGCUACCGCGAGGAUAGCCAUCGAGCACGAAUUCCAUCCACCGCGUCCAUUCGCGUCACCAGUGGCGCCAUUUCUGAAGUCUAUCGUCUAGAUAUGAGGAAUGGUGUGUUUAUUCAUAAAGUGAACUUGUCCAAUUGUGAAGUGGAAGCGCAAUAUUUUGCCCAUAGACUGUUCCCAAAUCUACUGAUUGUCCUAAUCAAACUUAUGAAGACCAGUUCAUCUCACACCUGUCUGAAUGUCCAUCUUCAUCUUAACACUGGAAAAUCGUCUCCAGACUUUGGACUAGAACAGAAAAUGGUUAAUAUAAACAACACAAGAUACCAGUAUGGACCAAUCGUUCAACCAGAAACAAACAGCAGCGCGCUGACGACUAUCCACCAUUACUGGACGCAUGCGCCGGAAUCUCUGUCUCUCACGGCUUCAGAGAAGUCCCACACCUUCAAGUUCAUUACCUCCAUCCACACCAACAAGACAAGGGCGAGUAACGGAUACAGUACGGCUCUCGCUAUGUCUGCCGAUGAACUGUAUUGGUUGCAUUCUAAGAUGUGGCAAGGUUUGUGGAAGAACGGGAAAAUCGAGACUGUCGGGGACACCGACCUUCAACAGACAAUCAACGCCUGCUUCUAUCACAUUCUGUCGUCACUUCCGUCCAAAAGAACAGACAGUUUUCAUGGACUUAGCCCAGGAGGACUUUCUCGAGGAGGCAAACUGCUAGCAAAUGUUUCUGGUGGUCCUCACAAUGACUACGCAGGUCACGUGUUUUGGGAUAUGGACACGUGGAUAAUGCCGCCAAUCAUGAUGUUUUACCCAGAUAUGGCGAGAACCAUGAUUGGUUCCAGACUCCGUGUCCUCCCAGCCGUCAAGGUGAGGGCAAAGGCAAGCGGCUAUGAAGGUGCACAGUUCCCGUGGGAGCAGGCGUUCACAGGUUACGAAACAUGUCCAUGGAAGCCAGCAUCAGACUACCAGAUUCACGUGACUGCUGACGUAGGACUAUCUCUACGUCAUUAUCUUGCCGCCUCUUCCACGACACGCGCAGCGGAACUACUGGACAAUGGAGGGACAGACCUAGUUCUAGAAAUUGCGCGUUUCUGGAAGAGCCGGGCAGUGAAGUCUACAGAGGGAGAUUACGUUAUAACAGGUGUAAUGGGACCAGACGAGUAUCAUUUUAACAUCAAUAACUCCGUCUUCACGAAUUACAACGCUAAACUCAGCAUGGAAUUACCCGAUUUUCUGAUGAAAAAAAACUUGGCAUCGCUCGACAAAAUUGAACUGGGCGGGUUUCUGGAGGUCAGCAAUAAGAUACGGAUUUUGUAUGACCAGCAACACGACUUCCACCCUCAGUUCGACGGCUUUUCUUUGAAAGAGAAAAUCAAACAGUCUGAUGUGGUACUACUCGGAUUUCCUCUUCAAAUGCCAAUGUCUAGAGCAACUAGGAGGAACGAUCUGGAAAUCUAUGAAAACGUGACAGAUAGAUAUGGACCAGAUACUGGGACCUGGAGCAUGCACACCGUGGGGUGGUUAGAGCUAGGCGAACCUCAGAGGGCUCACCAAAAUUUCAGGAUGAUGUUCCGAAACAUCAAUGGACCUUUUAAGGUUUUCAGCGAAAAGCCGGCGAAUUCCACGGAGGGUCCCCGGUGCGUGAAUUUUAUCACUGGGGCCGGGGGUCUGCUCCAGGCUGUGGUGUUUGGUUACGGGGGACUCCGUCUGACAGACGACCACCUGGAAGUGUCCAUGUCCGGGAUUCCGGGAACUUCUGCGUGGGCCAUGAACGACCUGAAGUAUCGAGGGUUCACGUUUGAUCUGAGACUGGCGGACACCGUGGUGUCAGUCAAUGUGUCUGAAUCUGAGGAUGCGAACAAAACUCUGACCAUGGUGUUACAGGAUGGGUAUCCUUACCCACUGCAGAUAGGGAGGGCGAGGGAGACGCCAAACAAGGCGUUCCGGCUGAGAGUAAUGAACAUGAGUGACGUCAGAGUUCACAGCGGGGGUCAGUCCGUUACUGGUGACUUUCUGAGAGAGUGGAUAUUGCUCGUAGUGUUGAUGAUAACAAAUUUAUUAUGUUCGGCAGUAGUUCAUAACGUCUUGUAUUGAGAGUUAUCUCUCUUGGUACAUUUAAUUGAAUAAUUCACAGUCUUCCGCUCUCAUUUCAAGGGUCUAUCAUCACAUCAGUGGACUAAAUGUAUCAAUUUUUUUCCCCUGGACGAAAUACUUCGUAAAGAAAAUGAUAUUUCCAAAAAAUGGAUGUGUUUUCAAAUAUAUAUGCAAAUCUCUUUAUAGAUUCAUUUGGUAAUCGUAGCCAUUUAUAAGUCUUUUUAUCCAUUUGGUAUGAACUUUUAUGGAAGGCAACCAGAUGUAAUCGGUGAGGUUUUAAAUGGUGCAUGUAACAAUAUAUGACAAAAUUGAGAGAAAUCCUUAAACCUAGAAAUAUAGCAAAUAAACCGUUGAUAUGUGUUGCAUGUUUUCACCAUCAAAAAUGAUUUAUUAGUAACUUUUAUACCACUGAUAUGUACCUUAAAACCGUGGACAACAAUUAGAGAGACGUAUGCUCCAGCAUAUUGAAUCUUACUUUUUAUGAAAAUAAAGUCCUCGAUGUUAAUUUUAUGUGUUCAAUGCAUAUGCUGUGGCAUAUAAGUAUUUUUUUUUAAUUCAAACAUUGUGGUGUGGGCAAUCUUUCUAAAUUAAUGUUUAUACGAACUAUUACAAAUCCCAGGCCUGAAGGCACACGGACAGAUGGAAGCUUCUUUUUUUUCAAAUGUAUACAUCCUCUUACUUUUUUGCUAUUUAAUUUACCAAGAAAAACAAAGAGUAUGCCUGACAAAUUUACAACGAAAACAGUGGCAGGGGGUUCGAAAUAUGAAAACUUAUUUUAAUCUGAAUGCACCGCGUCUAACAUGACCCCAGUAUGUGACGGUCAUAAUAACGUGGGGAUUGUUGAUAUAAUGUCUUCAUGAUACAGCAGAUAUUUACAGGACUGAGCCGAUUACCCGACUUAACUCUCCGCCGCGCAGACAUAGAGAGUUACUCUAGUGUAAAACCAUACACUUUGCGUGGGCCUCGUCUAUUUACAAACACGGGUGCUUCCUUUGUAAGUAGUAGUUUUUGGUUAUUGGGUGCUUCUUCUUCAGUAUUGAUGUCAGUGAGAACGAAAUGCAACGAACUAAAAGAAAUUCUUGUAGUUUGCAUAAUUACCAUGGAGAAGUACUGGAUAAAUAGGUCAUAGACAAAGAGUAUUGUAACAUUUAAAGAAACCGCGAAAAGUGCUAUCCUAUUUUCAGGAUUUUGAGUUUUUACAAAAUGUACUGAAAAUCAAUUAAAGGUCUGCAAUGGAAUCACGCUAUAUUUUUUUUCUAUAUUUCGUCAUGCUUUCAAAGUUUUGAUACCCUAACGUCUAGCGUGUUCCAUGUUUUAAAAAAAGCUUUAUAGGCUGUGAUAUUAAUUAUAGAAAAGUUACAGUUUUGAAAAAUAGGUUAUUGUGUCUCACCAGAUAAAGACACUAGCAAACGCCGAGAACAAUUUGUACCUCGCUAACCCUACUUUUAAGUUUAAGAGAAAACCAUGUAUCAUACAAUUGAUCUUAGAGUGCUAAUAUUUGUGGUUUUAACGUUUGCACUAAAUGUUUAAUCUUAUUUUAUGCACGUGGUACAGUUUUACUGUCCGCAAUUGAUUUAUAAUAAUAAACACUUAAUGAAUCUCAUAUAUUCUGUACAAUCUAAUAACUUACUGUCAAUGUAGAAAAAAUAUAAAUAUUACUUUGAAAAUCAC